AUGGUCUCGCGCAAAGAAAUGGCGCGCGACGACGCCGUCCCAAUGGCUACGCGCCCUCCACCGCUCCCAGCAUCGAAGCUACCCGCGCCAUUGCGCUUCCCGCUGCUUGUAAUUCUGAGCCUGUCAUCGUCUUUCUUCCUCUAUACGUUCUUCUCCGGCUUCAUGGGCAAUGAGCUCGCAGCCGUGAGCCGCACCGUCAACGAGAAUUGGCAAGUCGCCUCGCUCUUGGGCUGGAAGAUCCUGGAGCUGGGCAUCGGCUGGUAUGGCAACUUCGAUGACCUCGACCUGGUCGCCCUAACAAUCCUUUCCCACGCCCCUUACGUCUACCUCCUGUCCACCUUCUACGAAAUCAGCCCCCUAACCACCCUCCUCACCCUGGGCAUCGACACCGCCGCCAUCGCUCUCCCAAUCCGCCUCCUCCGCCCGCGCUCCGCGCCCCACAACCCCCUCGCCCCCCGCGCCGCCGUGCCCAACCGCUUCAUCAUCCACGACACCUCCGUGCGCCUGCUACUCAUGAUGCUCGGCACCGCCGUCUACGCCUCCAUCAUGUACGCGGCCCUCUGCACGAACCUGACCGUCUGGCUGGCCACGCACUUCGACGGCGUCCGCACCUUCGAGCGCGCGCAUGCCGCGAGUCUGCAGGCGCUGUGCGUCACGAUGUGGCCGCUUGGCUGGGCGGCUAGGGAGUUCCUCUUCACGCCGGCGGUCGGGGCGCAGAGUAGCUUGGGGGAUAUUAGCCAGGAGCACUUCAACCCCGCAACGGCGAGCUUGGCCGAGACGAUAGCCUGGAACUUCGGGUUUGGGGCGCAUAGCAAGCAUAGUAAGCGCGCGAGGGUGUUGGCGCUCCGCACGGCGGUGCUGGUGGGUGUUGCGGGGUUGAAUACGUGGGUCCAGACGUAUGGGAGUUUGGAGGGCGCGGAUGCGAUGGGGGCGGCGGGGUAUGCGGCGUUGUGGGCGCUGGCGGGGUUGGUGACGGGAGGGGUGUUUGGGUGGGUGGGCGAUGUUUAG